AUGGAUGAAGUGUAUGAUGAAUUUCUGGGAUCAAAGCAGCUGCGCUUCUUCCAUCCCGAUGUGUCACGCCGAACCGUGCUCGAAGUAGAGAGGGAGCAGCGACUGGACCUCGGCUUCAAGGUCAUCCAGGUGCUCGAUGAGGCCAUCGCGCUGGGUCGUCAGCUCGGGCUUCUCAAAGGCCCAGACACGCCACAAGCCGAGCCGACAACCACAUCACCAUCGUCAUCAUCAGCUGAGGCUCAGUCUACGAUGAGGCCAGACGAUCCCAGCAGCAGCGAGACGGUCCCUGAAGCUGCGCCACCACGGCUGCGACCCUACGCCCGGGCGGCCUCGCUAGCGGAUGUGCGGCCGGGCAUGCUGCUGGUGCCGCACCCGCUGCUUCUCGACCCCUUCUGGCAGCACACCGUCAUCCUCGUGCUCAGCCACUCGCCACUCACCGGCGCCUCCGGUGCCGUCAUCAACCGACCAGAGAGCCGUUUGUUUAUGCGAACCAAGCGGCCAGCGGAUGACAAGGAGCCGGAGAAGAAGUACUUCAAGGCCUUCUACGGCGGCCCCGUGGGUCUGUCCGAGCUCUACUGGCUCAGCAAGGCCGAGCCGACCUCGCUCCCGCCCGCCGAGGAGGUCUACCCGGGCCUCUACCACGGCCGCAGCAUGGCCCUCUUCGAUUGGAACCGCGAAGCCGACGCCGCCGUCGGCGACGAAGCGGCCGCCACGACCAAGCGAAGAGGGAAAGGGGAGAAGAAGGAGAAGACGAAGGAGAAGACGAAGAUGAAGGGGGAGGAGGAGAAGGUGAGCGAGGCAAAGGGGGAGGGUGGUGCGGCGAGGAUGCGGCCGCCUCUGUUCAGUGCGACGAGCAUGCCACCGGGGAGCGUGGUCGAUGUGGCCGACCGCGACAAGCAGUCGCAGAUGUGGGCCGACGUGCUGCGCGACAUGGGCGGCCGCUACGCUCCGCUCGCCAAGUUCGCCCUGCCCACUCUGCCUCCCGGCGGCGGCGACGAGGAGGACCAGGAGAGCCUUCACGGAGAUGAAGGUGACGACGAAGAUGAAGACGACGAGCGCUGA